GUUUUAUUGUUUAGUUAAAGGACAAAGUCAAGAUGCUGAACAGGAUUUUCUUCGCUUGUGUGUUUCUCGGUCUGUUCUGCUCAGGCUCCGCGCUGAGCUGCAGGUGGAUGGAGCAUAAAUUCAGACAGUACAGCGGAAACUCUUUGAAUCUGCUGGAUAUGAUGGCGAAUAACAUUACUAACAGCACUGAGGAUGAAGAGAACACUGUGGCCUUCCCUGAUCAUCUGUACAGCCAGGCAUCCAAAGCAUCAGCUGAAGGUAAACUUUCCUUCGCAGUCCACAUCCUGCAGGAGGUUUCUGUCCUGUUUGAGGAAGAUCAAAGCUCUUCAUCAUGGCAGGAGGUCACAGUGGAGAACUUUCUCAAUGUUGUCAACAAACAGGCUGAUGAACUUCACUCCUGUAUUAAAGGCCAUAGCCACAUGAAGAAGAGGAACACCAAGCUGCACCUGUAUUUCAAGAGAUUAUCCAAUGAAAUCCUGGCGAAAAUGGGCCACAGUGCUGACGCCUGGGAGCUGAUCAGGAGGGAAGUCAAAGACUGUCUAAUUAAAGCAGACCACCUGGUUUCCUCUCUGCUCCCCUCCAACUAAAACUCAUGAACAUGGGUUGAGAUAUCACAUAAAUUAUUUAUUUAUUUAUUUAUUUUAUUUCAAAAUUAUCCAGUGUUUUAUGACUGUGAAGACACUGAUAUUUAUCAUUAUUUGUGCAGUUUCUUUAUUUUUAUUUUAUUUCUCCCAUCUUUUGA